AUGUUUGUAUGGUUUAAAAACGAUAAUUGUUGCCCAGACCCAGAUUUCGAAGAGUUUAAUCAUUUGCAAGAUGUUAUAGCAAUAUCGCAGAAAAAGCGUGGUGGUGGUCCUGGAGUACCACCACCACCUCAACUCCUUGUUUUACUUUCACCUGAUCCUGUCAUUCCUGGACAAACUGAUGAAUUUAGUAUUUCUGGAACACUAAGUCGUGCUGUCAUCGAUGGCGACAUUACCGGUGUUGCAUUUUUUGAUCCUAAAACUGGGGAUACCAUAGGUGAUCCAAGUUCUGCGCCAACCGACCCUAAAACACCAUUUUCUCAAGUAUUGAAUGUUAAUGUGCCAGCAACAUUACCUAAUCCAUACGGUAUUUCAGCUGCUGUUCAAAAUCAAGACACACAGGAAAUUAUAGGCUGUUCAUUAACUAUUGUUGGUGGUUCUGCUGAAUCUGCAGAUCUUGAAUAUUAUCCCAUCCCAUUAUUGUAG